AUGAAACUUGUCUUGGUAGCGACUCUCCUCGCCAUGUGCAACGGCGUCUUCGCCGUGCCGACCUCUGACUCUCCUGUCGAGGACCAUGACUUGGAUGCGAGAGACAAUCUACGUUCCGGCAUAGGAGCUCGCAAGAUUGGCGUUCCUCGAAUCGGCUGGGGCAUGCAGCGGCAGGGAAUGGACGAUCCCGCGUCGGGCGGUCCUGUCAAAUGGGUCGCCUGGCCUGAAGGAGAAGAGCAAGUCGCCUUCAACUGCCGGCACAACAAGGUGCUGGCCGGAAAGAAGCAGAGCCUCUGCGACAACCCUGUGCCGUGGGAUAGCUACACCUGGACCAAGUUCACUGGCUGCAGAGACACCAAGGAACUCAAGCACGGGAAUCCAAAGGAGGUGUGGAUCUCCAACAAGAAGAACGGGAAAUACAAGAAAGCGCUCAAGUGCGGCAAGCUUAAGGAGAAGAAGUACCCGUGCGAUUUGGCUACUCCCGAGAAGCCCGACACGAUCAAGUGGGGGAUCUGCGAGUAG